AACAUUUAUAAAAAUACAAUUUUAAGUGUUACAUGUACAUGUUCAAUAUUAUCUCGCGUUAUGUGAGGAACAUGAUCAUUUCCGUCCACUUAAAUCGUACGAAUAUACAAAAACAAAGAUGGAUGACAAAAGAGAAGGUCUCGAUUACACAUAUGCUGGGUGCUAUGACAGAUUUUUUAAAUAUAUUAGUAACGUGUUUAACAUUCCUCGCUUGAAUAUGUCUCCAUUUGUUUGUAUGAGACACUGCCAAACAAGAUCGCCGAGUAAAUAUUUUGGGAUAACGGGUGGUGACGUCUGUAGUUGUUUAGAUGAAGAUUAUGAAAACCGUUAUCGAUACAUCUUCGAUGCAAAUGGACCUUUCAAAGUGAACGACACAGAGUGUGGUAUAUACUGUUUUCGCGAUACAGUUAACAAGUGUGGUGGUAAUUCCACAAUUUCUAUCUACAACAUUGUAGCAAACACAACAAAAACACCAGUGCCACCAUCAACCCCAGUGACAACAUUUCUUGAACGAACCACUGGUGGUUUAAACACGACACAUAUGGCUACUAAGUAUGAUGAUAUUCAAGAAAAUAAAAUGCAAACUGAUGUCAUUGCUGGUGUUGCAGUAGGUUUGACUUUAUUACUGAUUAUGGCAGUUCUAGUCGCUUUGAUAAGAAAAAGAAUUUCCUGUAUGAAGUCAUCAUCAUAUGAAUAAAGGAACAAGUCGGCAAGAAGAGGAGCACAGUUGGUUCUUAUGAGAAUGCCAAUUGUUUGUUGAAAAACACGUCCUCCAAACGUAGAAAAUAUGCUGUCAAUCAAGAAAUCAAGCAUCUUGAUAAUGUCAGUUUCAGAGAACUUUUUGUUUGAAUCAGAUCAGAGUGUGAUAAUUUUUAUAAAAAAAAUAUUUACCCCUCCCUAAGACAAGAUACUUGUAUCUGCAUUGGCCAUUCUUUUUUAUGAAACAAAGAAGGAUCAACUCUUUCAAUUUAUUUUUUAAUUUGGAAUAGGGAAUACUUCUGUAAAGUGUAGAAACGUCAAAUGUUUUAAUACUAUUGCAAGAUGAAAGAGUCUUAGAUUGUAUGUACUCUCAAAGAUCUUAGAAUUGUUAGUAUCCACAUCUGUAUCACACCACCUCUAGUUUAGGUAUUUUCAGAAUAACUUUGAAAGCUGGGUUUGAUUGCUGAUAAAAUUGAUGUAAAUAAUUUAAAAAGAGGUUUCGUGGAGCAGUUGGAAGACCCAGCAAUACAACGUUGUUUGUUAGGACGCUUAUUUAAUUUAGGUAUCUAAUACAGUAAAGGAAGAUCCAGUUCUUCAUCUUUGGUUGCAGUUCCAAACGAACAUAGAACAGACCUAUGAUUAUCCAGGAUUUCCUCCUUCGUAAGUCAAGCAGUUUUUGUAAUGUGAUUUACACACAAAAACGAUGUUGUUUGAGGCCUUAUCUGCGGGGACAACAACAUAUUUGUCAUGGAGGAGGACAGGUGUUUUGCAAUAUUAGGGUCUUUAAAGAUUAAUGUAACAUGGGUAUUCAUAGACCUAUAUAUUUUUUUUUAAUUCUGAUUUGUAUCAACGACCUCGCAGCCUCAUACCAUUUGGAUAGAGUAUCUACGUCUUCUUUUUCACGUUUAACCUGUCAUCACCUACUCUCCAUGAUUUCUCUAUGACAGUUCAUUAAUCACUAGACUUUAAUAUUAUAGUGUAUAAAU